AUGAAUUUUGCUGGAGCUCAAAGUAUUAUUGAAGAUCCCAAUGAAGGCCGAAAUGGGCUACAAACAAGCAACAAUGAUAUUACUCCAACUCUUCCAGUUGAUGUUGAAACUGGUACGCUGAUGAAAUCUACUGAGGCUCAAAGUAGAAUGGGCUGUUCGAGUUAUUGGCAAAAUGUCCUACCAACGAGCCACAAUAGCAAUGAUAUUCUUACAAUUGAUGUCGACGCUGAUACUCUGAUGAAUUUCGAGAACACAUUUAACCUUCCACCAGGCGUCUCACCAAUUCGAAUGGUGCAAUUGCCGCAGCCAUCCACACUGUGUCGUCCAACGCUGGUGAGGCCACCGACGCCUGUAGGGCCACUAAAUACUGUGAGGCCAUCGACGCCUUUAGGGCCACCGACUCCUGUGAGGCCGCCAACUCCUUUUAGGCCACCGACUCCUGUGAGGCCGCCAACUCCUAUGAGGCAACCGACUCCUCAGCCCAAUCGCCCAAUUCUUCUACUGCAACGGUCACAGCACCCAUCCAGUCUGUUGCCACUGGAUCAACUUAUCCAUCCCACACCUACGCAACCAUCUACGUCCAUGAAGCGAUCCAACUCUCCACAUCAAGUACUCCUGCAGCCGUCGGUGGGUGCGACGUCAUCAAGCCCUCCCUCUCCACAUUCAACAGUUUUACAGACGUCGCUGAUGACGAUGCCAUCCAGCUCUCCGUCUUCGCAUUCAACAGUUGUGCAACCACCGAUGACUACAAUACCAUCAGGCUCUUCGUCUCCACAUUCAACAGUUUCGACGGCUGAACAGCCGUCGUCUCGUCAUUCACCAUCAAGCACGUCGGGAACAUCAGAUAAAUGUAAGAUCUAUUUCGUUUGCUUAUGUGACAAUGGAACAUCGCACGGAUACAUCGGUUUUAUCCUGAAAAAGACGCAGGUUGAAAAUCAGUCCACGGACACCACCACCAGUGAUUCUUCUGAUUUUCAACUUUUUCUACAAGACACGGACAGUGAUGGUAGCAGCAUUUUGCAUUAA